GUCCUCUUUUUUCUGUGUUCCAGCGCCUUCCCACCAAAGCCCGAACACACACGCCCAACGUCAGCGAAUCAACCGCCCAACGCCAACCCAGAAAUGACUGGCCCGCCCAAGACUUCUGGGACUGGUCCAGGCCAACCCGCCAUCGCGUCAGCGCUAGCGGCGGUCGCCCAACAUCAACAACGAGCCAACAGGACUGCGUCCCCGAGCAGCCAAGUGGACAUGACGUCCAAUGACCCCGCGCCCGCCCUCCCCACCGCGACAUCCGGUGGCAACGCCGCUCCCUGCACAGCUGGCAACACCAACGCCAGCACGACCACCACCCCCGGCCAAGCCGGCCAGGCCACGGCGACGGCCCCCACCGCGGCUUCUGCUGCGGUCUCCUCGCCUGCGGCCUCAUCCUCAUCCUCAUCCUCAUCCUCC